GAGAGGAAACUUGGUUCCACACAUGAGGAAGCAUCAAACAAAGACAACCAAAGCAAAAGAAACCGGAGCCUAUGGACGCCACUGACCCUGAACAAGGGCCAGAGUCGCCAUCGAAGCAGCCGUGGGAUUUAACACCGAGCUCCAAAGGACGCCAACGGAAGAAAAACUCCAAAUAUUUGGAUUAUGAAACCGACGACGCGGUUAACGUGCAGAAUGUGCAGCCGAAGCGAGGCAGGAGGAGCUGCGGAGACGGAGACGGAGCCGCUACGGAAAAAACGACUCCGGCGAGGAACGUAAGAGCAAAGAAGGCGACGACUCCGCAGCAGCAGAAGUCUGAAGAUGGAGAAGAAGAACCGACGGAUAAAACUCCUCAAAAACCUGAUGAGAAAAUAUCGGAUAAGACUCCGAAAAAGACGAGGAGGGGGGCAAGGAAGACCCCGUCGAAAAGAAAGACUCCCGCUAAAAGGACUCCUGCUGGGAAAAAAGCUCCCAGCACAGGUGCGGGAGGAGCGGGAGGGGCGGAAGGAACGGGAGGGGCGGAAGGAACGGGAGGGGCGGAAGGAACGGGAGGGGCGGUAGAAACGGGAGGGGCGGAAGGAACGGGAGGGGCGGGAGAAACGGGAGGGGCGGGAGGAGCGAUAGAUGCAGCGCCGCAGGAGAACGGGACGCCAAAGCCAAAGAGGAAGUACGUGAGGAAGCAGAAGGUACAACAGGAAGUGGAACCGGCUCCGUGUGAGGAACCAGAGGAGCCGGUAGAACCGGGCGGCCGUCGCAGGAGAGGAGCUGCUAAAGCGGCUUUGAAGUAUCUCCACCUUUUGGCGAAGGAGGUGUUCAGUCAUCCUGCCGAUGAGUCGGGCUCCCAGCGAAGCGCCAACAGCGACGUCAGCGAACCGGAAACGCUUCCGGUUAAAAAGCAGAAAGGUGCUCGUAAAGGCCAAAAGAGGAAACGUUGUGGCUAUGACAGCGACGCCGCGGAGGAUGAAGACUUCGUUCCAGACGUUGACGUUGACGAAGACGAGGAAGUGGAGGAGAUGGAGGACGAAGAGGCGGGCGACUCGGACCUGGACUUAGAUCUGUGGACGAGUCGUAAAAGUCCGGCAGCUUCUCACGUCAACAGGAAUUAUUCCGCCGGCAUGAACAUCAGAACAGCUAACGGACUCACCGCCAACGUGAUGAGGACCGUCUGGGACGCCGUCGAGACCAACAAGAAGUUCCGGGAGGAGCACCACAGCAGCUGGGUUUUCCCAGAGUGGGUCCCUUCCACCAGCCACUGGCACCUGCUUCCUCACAGUGAUGUGGAGAAGUAUCUGCCUCAGGAGUUUCAGUCGGCUGCGUUCAAAGUGUCCAGAGAAGGUUUGAGUAAAGAGGAGACGCCUCUGCAAAGACUCAACAGGUUUGGGUCUCUACCCGCUCACCCGGACCGCUGGGACAUGUACCUGUAUGCGGGCGGGCCGGUCUGGGCCUUGGAGUGGUGCCCGACCCCCGACGGAGCUCCGGCAGACCAGUACGUAGCGGUUUCCUGCCACCGAGGGAUGGACGACCAGCAUCACAUCCACAACUCCUACAGCGGAGCGGGACUCAUCCAGCUGUGGAACCUCGGCAAGCUGGAGUACAACAGCAGACCGGACUCUCAGCCAGCGCUGGCUUACGGUCUGGCUCAGGACAAAGGUUUCAUCUGGCAUCUGAAGUGGUGUCCGUCCGGAGGCUGGGAGCUGCCCAGCUGCAGCAGGAAGGCUCCCUUCCUCCCCAGAUUGGGUCUUUUAGCGGUCGCCACGUCGACGUGUGUGGUGACUAUUUACAGCCUUCCUCAUCCUGACGCUCUGCACUCCAGCUGUCAUAGCUCCAGAUCUGGUAAGACUCUGAAUAUCUACCUUUUCUUUCUUCCUCCUCUUCCUCAGGUGCGUUUCAGCCCCAACAUGAGCUGUCACCCUUGUGGCGUCGCGGGUCAGACGGGGCUGGUGAGACUCAACUGUCUGAGGAGCAUGAUCAGCGGUCAUGUGACCAAGAUGAUCAGCAAGAACCAGGCUCAGUUUAACGCUCUGUACUCUCCAGAGGAGGAAGAGAAGGAGGAGGAGACGAAACAGCUUCAAGCCUCCAUCUGUUUCUACACGCGGUGCGUUCAGGGACUCCGUUGUGUGUGGGUCAAAAACACAGUCAUUGUAGUUAUGUGCACAAAACUGGAGAAACUUAACACUUCAGUCUGCUUUGUCUCUAGACCUUCAUCCCCUCUAGUUCAACCUGACUUCUCGCCCAAAUUUCAGCUCUCAGUUCCCAGCUUCUAG